AAAUGGCCCUAAAGAAAGCCCAGGGCUGAACACUGGUACCGUGAUUGCUAUUGGAAAGAUGCGUGUCAUUCUUGCCGUGCUGAUUUCUAACUUGUUCAUCAGACAGUGAAUGUGAUAUUGGAAGAAAAUGGAAAAAUUGAAGCAAUCGUCAUAUGCUUGUACUAAACUUUUCUCGUGAUCCCAGAUUCCUCUCAUUACAGUUGUGUUCAGGGUUGUGGAUUUUGCUGUUGCGAGCGAGAGCCUGUUGAGAUUUCUAUUUGGAGGUUUCUAUUUUGAAGUAUGUAUUAUCCCUUUUAAAGUACAGAUUUAAUGAUGCCAAAGAUACUCCUUGAACUGCUGUCGGCUUUUGUUUAAUUCAAAUUUAUCCUCAGUUUCAAAAUCAAAUCUCCAGAAUAAUCAGUGUUCCUUUUGCUCUCAUGUCCAGGAAACUCCAAAAACAACAAUAACAGACAGCCCCAAACUACUCUUACCCCAAGGCUUAUAUUUAGUGUGUCCUCAGUGUAGCAUCCCAGGGUGAAGUGCAUGGACGUGUGCAAGACUCAGUGUGGAUUCUGAACACCUAUCAAAUUUUUUAAACCCGUAUUGAGAGGCAAAAUAAAUUACCUCUGUUUCCUUAUGAACGCUUUCUGAUAAGUAAGCAGUAAAAUGGUUAUACUUGUGAUCAGAUUCUUCUGAUUCCGUGCCUAAAGGAAAUGUCUUUAUUUUUCUAUUUCAGUAGUUGAAAAUAAGUUGUUGGUAGCAUUUAAAGCAAGCUUGUUACGUUCAGGAAAUAAUUCUCUGCUGUGAGAAGGUGUUCAUAGCCAAAUGCUGUUUGUCACUGUCACUGAAAACAUAAAUUAUUUGUAGUUAUGCAAGUUGUACAGAAUUUUACUUGGCAAUCUGAAAAUUUAUUAAAUGAACAAACUGGAAUUUCUGUGUUGUACUUAAGUCUUUUUUUUUCUCUGAAUAAAAGUCUGUACAAAGACUAUAGCAUCCUGACUCUCUCGAUAGCGAUGUAAAAAUGUGGUUGACAUCUACCCCUCGACUGUGAUCUGGACACUAAGUGCUUUCAAGAGCAGAUGAAACUAGUACUUCUUUUUGCACCCCACCCCCCCCCCCCCAAAAAUCCAUGAUUUCCUAGGGCAUGGGUCUUUCUAGCAAGGGGUAGCACUUUGUCAGCCUUGUAACAAUGCACUGCCAGGAAACUACAAGGUACUAUCCAAACUGAAUAAGAGUGUGAUAGUAUUACCCACACACCACCUGGGUGUGGUGUUGUGUCCCAUCUAGUGGCACAGAGACGGCUUAGCCCUGGUCUACACUAGGACUUUAGGUCGAAUUUAGCAGCGUUAAAUCGAUGUAAACCUGCACCCGUCCACACAAUGAAGCCCUUUAUUUCGACUUAAAGGGCUCUUAAAAUCGAUUUCCUUACUCCACCCCUGACAAGUGGAUUAGCGCUUAAAUCGAUGUUGCCGGCUCGAAUUUGGGGUACUGUGGACACAAUUCGAUGGUAUUGGCCUCCGGGAGCUAUCCCAGAGUGCUCCAUUAUGACCGCUCUGGACAGCACUCUCAACUCAGAUGCACUGGCCAGGUAGACAGGAAAAGAACCGCGAACUUUUGAAUCUCAUUUCCUGUUUGGCCAGCGUGGCAAGCUGCAGGUGACCAUGCAGAGCUCAUCAGCACAGGUGACCAUGAUGGAGUCCCAGAAUCGCAAAAGAGCUCCAGCAUGGACCGAACGGGAGGUACGGGAUCUGAUCGCUGUUUGGGGAGAGGAAUCCGUGCUAUCAGAACUCCGUUCCAGUUUUCGAAAUGCCAAAACCUUUGUGAAAAUCUCCCAGGGCAUGAAGGACAGAGGCCAUAACAGGGACCCGAAGCAGUGCCGCGUGAAACUGAAGGAGCUGAGGCAAGCCUACCAGAAAACCAGAGAGGCGAACAGCCGCUCUGGGUCAGAGCCCCAAACAUGCCGCUUCUAUGAUGAGCUGCAUGCCAUUUUAGGGGGUUCAGCCACCACUACCCCAGCCGUGUUGUUUGACUCCUUCAAUGGAGAUGGAGGCAAUACGGAAGCAGGUUUUGGGGACGAAGAAGAUGAGGAGGAGGAGGAGGAGGAGGUUGUAGAUAGCUCACAGCAAGCAAGCGGAGAAACCGGUUUUCCCGACAGCCAGGAACUGUUUCUCACCCUGGACCUGGAGCCAGUACCCCCCGAACCCACCCAAGGCUGCCUCCUGGACCCAGCAGGCGGAGAAGGGACCUCUGCUGCAUGUGUUUCAAUGAUCACAGGAUCUUCUCCUUCCCAGAGGCUAGUGAAGCUUAGAAAGAAAAAAAAACGCACUCGUGAUGAAAUGUUCUCCGAGCUCAUGCUGUCCUCCCACACUGACCGAGCACAGACGAAUGCAUGGAGGCAAAUAAUGUCAGAGUGCAGGAAAGCACAAAAUGACCGGGAGGAGAGGUGGCGGGCUGAAGAGAGUAAGUGGCGGGCUGAAGAGAGGGCUGAAGCUCAAAUGUGGCGGCAGCGUGAUGAGAGGAGGCAGGAUUCAAUGCUGAGGCUGCUGCAGGACCAAACCAGUAUGCUCCAGUGUAUGGUUGAGCUGCAGCAAAGGCAGCUGGAGCACAGACUGCCACUGCUGCCCCUCUGUAACCAACCGCCCUCCUCCCCAAGUUCCAUAGCCUCCACACCCAGACGCCCAAGAAGGCGGUGGGGGGGCCUCCGGCCAACCAGCCACUCCACCACAGAGGAUUGCCCAAAAAAAAGAAGGCUGUCAUUCAAUAAAUUUUAAAGUUGUAAACUUUUAAAGUGCUGUGUGGCAUUUUCCUUCCCUCCUCCACCACCCCUCCUGGGCUACCUUGGUAGUCAUCCCCCUAUUUGUGUGAUGAAUGAAUAAAGAAUGCAUGAAUGUGAAGCAACAAUGACUUUAUUGCCUCUGCAAGCGGUGAUUGAAGGGAGGAGGGGCGGGUGGUUAGCUUACAGGGAAGUAGAGUGAACCAAGGGGCGGGGGGUUUCAUCAAGGAGAAACAAACAGAACUUUCAAACCUUAGCCUGGCCAGUCAUGAAACUGGUUUUCAAAGCUUCUCUGAUGCGUACCGCGCCCUCCUGUGCUCUUCUAACCGCCCUGGUGUCUGGCUGCGCGUAACCAGGAGCCAGGCGAUUUGCCUCAACCUCCCACCCCGCCAUAAACAACCUCCCACCCCGCCAUAAACUGACUUACAGCGUUAGUGUAGACCAGCUCCCAGUGUACACAAGGCCACCAAUGGCGGUAGCAUUGGGAAGCUUAGUGUAGAUGGGCCAGUUGGUGCUUUUGGCAUUUUAAACACAAUUAAUGGUGUUUUCAAAAGAGCCCAAGUGAGUUAAGGAGGAAAAGUCCAAUUGAAAGUUGUUGUGAGCUGACUUAAGAUGAAGGGGGGAGUUGAUGUGAGUCACAUUAGCUGUCUGUCUCUGUUCCGUAGCAUAGUGAUUCUGCUCAUAACUUUCCAUACACUGAGGUUAUGAAAUGGAAAUAGUUGAAAAACCACUUUAAGGUGGAGUUGAGGU